CUGCCGUAGUGUUUGGCUGAGGCUACUUUCAAGUUGCAGCUUUGCAAAAACUAUCUUUAAACCAUCCCCUGCGCUUCCCUCCAGAUUGGGGACGCACCUCCCUACCCUCUCCUGGAGAAGCUGCUUGGAGAGAUAAGACAUAUCCAGGUGCUGGCAAUACAAGGAGCCCCCGAAUAGAACCCAUCAGCAUUUGUUCUAUGCCUUGUAAGGCGGGCACAGUUCUUGGUGCUGGGAUAAAAGACGGAGUCAGCUCUGUCCUUAAGGCCCUCUCAGGCAAGAAGACAAAGUGGCAUGACUGACAGGGGCUGCUGAUUACAGCUGGAAGUGCCCAUGACCGAGCUGGCGUCCUCCCGGGACGGGUCCCCCACGGGGGACGGGGAAGAGGGUCUGGGGGACGAGCGAGGCCUGGUCAUCCACCACCCGGCGGAGGAGCAGCCCCACCGCUGUCCGCUGUGUGGCCAGACGUUCGCGCAGCAGCCCAGCCUGGUGCGGCACCAGAAGGCGCACGCCGGGGCGGGCCGCGCGGCCACCUUCGUGUGCCCCGAGUGCGGCAAGGCCUUCAGCGUCAAGCACAACCUGGAGGUGCACCAGCGCACCCACACGGGCGAGCGGCCCUUCCCCUGCGCCGAGUGCGGGCGCUGCUUCAGCCUCAAGCAGAACCUGCUCACGCACCAGCGCAUCCACAGCGGCGAGAAGCCCCACCAGUGCGCGCAGUGUGGCCGCUGCUUCCGCGAGCCGCGCUUCCUGCUCAACCACCAGCGCACCCACGCGCGCAUGCCCGCGCCGCACCCGCGCCGCCCGGGCGUCUUCGGGGAGCGGCGCCCCUACUUCUGCGCCCGCUGCGGCAAGAGCUUCGCACGGGAGGGCUCGCUCAAGACCCACCAGCGCAGCCACGGCCACGGGUCCGAGGGCCAGGCGGCCCAUUUAGGCCGCGUGCUAUGA